CCUAGUCUAGAGAGAGGCGCAUGCGUACAAGGAUCGUCGCCGAGCUUAAAAGAAAGGGGUAGAUGCGCAUGGUCAUCCUGACUUCCAGAAACUUGACCACAUCAAAGGCCACUUCAGCUUGAAGACAUGGAGGAAAAUGGUGACUUUGAUGAGGACCAUCUCACAGAUUAUGAAAUUCAGCUUAGCAUUCAAGAAUCCAUUGAAGCCAACAAGAAAGAGCUUUAUCCUGAAAGGUUUGUGCCCCUAAGUGCUAAGAACAGAAAACUUGUAGAGGCCAUUAAAAAAGGCCAAAUCCUUGAGCUCCAGGACUAUGUGAAAUAUAAAUAUGCUUUGGAUGAAGCUGAUGACAAUGGGUGGUUCCCACUGCAUGAGGCAGCAGUUCAACCUGUUCAGCAAAUACUUGAAAUUGUUCUGGACGCAUCCUACAAAACUCUUUGGGAAUACAGUACUUGUGAUGGAGAAACACCAUUAACUCUAGCAAUCGAUUCUGGUCUGGUGGAAAAUGUAAGAACUCUACUGGAAAAGGGAGUGUGUCCAGACACCAAAAACCUCAAAGGAGAAACUCCCCUUCUACUUGCUAUUAGAAAGGGUUCCUAUGACAUGGUGGCCCUUCUGAUUAAACAUAACACUAACCUCGACCUACCGUGUAUCAAAAGCUGGUCAGCGAUGCAUGAGGCAGCCAAACAGGGCCGCAAGGAUAUUAUUGCUCUGCUCCUAAAGAAUGGAGGAAAUGUGCACCUGCGUGAUGGAUUUGGAAUUACACCUUUGGGCGUUGCUGCUGAGUACGGUCACUGUGACGUGUUAGAACAUCUCAUCCAUAAAGGUGGUGAUGUUUUCGCUUUGGCGGAUGAUGGGGCAUCUGUGCUGUUUGAGGCAGCAGGAGGGGGUAAUCCUGACUGUAUUUCUCUUUUGUUGGAAUAUGGAGGAAGUGGUAAUGUUCCUAAUAGAUCAGGACACCUCCCUAUUCAUCGAGCUGCUUAUGAAGGACAUUACUUGGCUCUGAAAUACCUCAUCCCAGUAACAUCCAAAAAUGCAAUACAGAAAAGUGGGUUAACCCCCAUUCAUUCAGCAGCUGAAGGCCAAAAUGUGCAGUGUCUGGAAUUACUCAUUGAAAAUGAUUUUGAUGUCAAUACUCCCCUGGCUGAUCACAUUUCUGAGAACUAUGAUGAUGGAAGGAAGACCGCACUGUAUUUUGCUGUUUGCAAUAAUGACAUCCUCUGUACAGAAGUUUUGUUGGCUGCAGGUGCAGACCCAAACCAAGAUCCCCUAAAUUGUCUGCUUGUGGCAGUGAGAGCUGGAAAUCAUGAAAUUGUCAGAUUGCUUCUCUCCCAUGGAGCAAAUGUCAAUUGUUACUUCAUGCAUGUGAAUGACACCAGGUUCCCCAGUGCCAUUCAAUAUGCUUUGAAUGAUGAGGUAAUGCUUAGACUGUUGCUGAAUAAUGGCUAUCAAGUGGAGAUGUGCUUUGAUUGCAUGCAUGGGGAUAUCUUUGGAAAUUCCUUUGUGUGGUCUGAGAUUGAAGAAGAUGUACUCCCAGGAUGGACUUCUUGUGUAAUAAAAGAUAACCCGUUCUGUGAGUUUAUUACAGUUCCUUGGAUGAAGCAUUUGUUGGGUCGUGUUAUGCGUAUUUUAAUAGAUUAUAUGGAUUACGUUCCUCUAUGUGAUAAACUGAAGUCUAUGCUAGAAGUACAGAGAGAAUGGCCAGAAAUUCGCCAAAUAUUAGAGAACCCCUGCUCAUUAAAGCAUUUGUGUCGACUACGAAUUCGAAGACUUGUGGGAUUAAAGAGACUGUGCAAACCAGAAUUUAUAGAGAAGCUUCCUCUACCAGCUAUCUUAAGAGAAUAUAUCUUGUUUAAAGAAUAUGAUCUAUAUGGACAAGAAUUGGGGUUAUCAUGAUUCCUAAGGAGUUCUAAAAAUCAUUCCUUCAGAGUAUGUCAUUGGAAUUAUUCAGCACACUUGAGUACAUUUAAAAUCCUUUAAUAAUUCUGUUAAGCAGAACUUUUUUUUCUUUUAGAAGAAUGUCUUUUGUAGCUCGAUUUUUUUAUUUAGACUUUUAAAGUUACCUUAUAUCUCUUACUUUGGUAUCUCCUGAGGGUCUGACAAGAAGAAACAGUGAUCUCAUGGAGACAGUCAGCUGGCUAGGCAUGGUCACUGAGUUAUCCUCAUCUACUUGUUUUCUCUACCAAGGGUUGUUGCUUUGUCUCAGUAGUAUUAACUGUAAUAUGUUCUUUUAUUACUUCAUUUUUAUUAGACAUUUGUUCCAAUCCAUAAUUUUCCUUUGAUUUGUGUGUUCCCCAAAUGGCAGAAUUACUAUUUUUCGAAUGAACAAAGAAAAUUAGUUAAGAAAAUAUUAUUUUUAAACUCCCUUAUUUCCUUAUAAUAUAAAUUUCAUGUGCUUGCCUUGCACUGUAACAAAUCAUGUAUUUUAUUUUAUGAUCUUACUGUAAGGUCUUGACAAAUGCUGAUUAAGCUACAUUGAUUUCUGUUAAUGCAAUUCUAAGGAAAAAAACAGUCAUGAAGAUGUUAGCCUGUUAAAUGUUAGCAUUUCAAGGUAUAGAACUAGCUCUAAUGGAGCUUUGGCGUUUUCUUGUUUUUUCAUUUAAUUGAUUUCUGGGUGAAUUAACUAAAAGAAAUAUCACAUUCCAGACAUUUGAGCUAACUCAACAUGUUGUAGGCAGACACUAAAGAAACUCUCUUGACAUUCAUGGAGGAGAAAAACAUAUGUCCUCCAUAACUGAAGCAAUCACUAACAUCCAGAAGAGAUUUGAUCUUCCUCCUACCAGAUUGUGAAUUUUAUUAGUUGUGUUUUUGUUUUCCAGGGGGCUCAGUAGGGGAGGAGGUGUUUCUCAUAUAUUAACUGGGAGACAUGAACAGCUACACCCACUGAUGAGGCUUAGAAGAUAUUAAUGCAACUGUGGUUCCACAGCCUCAUCAUGACAAGCUUCUGGAUGCUGGCUUUCAUAAGGCUGAUAUCUCCCAUGUUCUUUUGUUCACUGUGAGAUCUACUUAGCAUUAUACAGAAUGUCUGGAUAUCAUUGAGUAGCUUCUAAAUGUAUAAUAGAUUCUGGUUUUCAGUGUGCUCUCAUGAAAUGAUAUCACUUUACCUGGUUUAAAAUAAAUUCAGCCAGCCUCCUGAAGCAAAAUGUCUUAUGAAGAAGACAAUGUAAAAAGCCAAAUGUGAUAUUUUCAGGUUUUAGAACUAAUAAAAAAAUUGAAAUUAUGUAUACAUAUUAUAAUAUUUUACAGCAGAUAUUAGGAAGAAAUUUCUUGUUGCUCCAUUUUAGCAAUACAUGUUUCAUCACUUAGAAAAUGGGGAUGAUGUGUAAGGAUCAGAAAGAAUGGAAACUCCAAGGAAGAAAACUAAUGUUUGUGUAAGUGUGCCUUUGCGACUUAUGAACUGUUAAAUGUGAAAAUAUCGCAACUAUUACAUAUCCAGAAGACUGCUGUGUUGCUGCAGCCCUUGGACACAAAGAUCAUGCCUGUGUUUUUCCUUGUUGACUUUUUCAGGAGUUGGCAUUGGACUUGGGGGUCAGGAGAACCUGCUGUUCAAAUCUUGCUUUAGCUUUGUGACCCUGGGGAUUUAGCUACUCUGGGCCUCAACGUCCUUUAAAGUGAACCAGUUGGACUCAGGGACCUCUAGGUUUCCUUCUAGUUCUAAACCUAGGAACCAAAAUUGGAUCUCCAGAAUUGGCUCUCCAGAAUUGGGACCUGCCAAUGUCAGAACCUCCUUGAGACAAAUUGUUAUAAUUAAUACACUUGUUUGAAUACAACAGAUACUUCCAAGACAAACCUUACCACAAAGUAAAUUUCCCCCAAACAGUUAAAUCUAACAGAUAUUUAUUAAGUCCCCACUCUGUGUAAGACACCAUGCUAGUUGCUGGAGAUACAAAGGCAAAAAUGAAACAGUCACUGGCCUCAAGAAAUUUGCAUUCUCCCAGAGAGAAACACCAUUUAUAUAAACCUGAUAAACUGUUUUCAGGAAGAAAAGAACACUAACGACUGGGGGAAUCAGGACAGGCUUCCUGUAAGAGGUGUUACCUGAAAGAAGCUUGAGAUUCUAAGAAGCAAAGGUGAGGGAAAACAUUCCUGUUCCCAAGACUGUCCAAUAGUUAUUGGGUCUCACAGUACACACGGCCUUCUACUCUCAUGGUUUCCUGGUUGUUAAAAUAAAGGGGAAGGGGCACUUAGGUGGCAGAGUGGAUAGAGCACCAGCCCUGGAGUCAGGAGGACCUGAGUUCAAAUCCAGUCUUAGACA